AAAUCUCCAGCAGCUGAUUGAAUCACUUGUUCAAAGGUGUUUGCAGAACAGGGAUAUUGUAUAUAGAUUGUUACCUUUUCUUGUGAUUUAAUAGAUCUAUAAACAAAUUGAUGGCUAAGCGACAAUUACCAGUUCUAAAAGUUAUUUAGUAAUGCUCUCAGCUGCUGAUUGCGAACCUUUCUGUGGUUAGACUGAUGCCGCCAUCGACCAUACAACUCGCUCAUGGUACUUCGAGGCCUGUGCGCGUGACUAUUAACCGCCAAUAUCCCUCCUUGAGUUUACAGUAUAUUUACUUAAUUGGUUUAUUUGAACGCUGUGAAGCAAGCAACCGAACAUGCGGCUACUGGCAUUUUCUAUGCGAGGUUUGAAAAUCUCCUUACGUUACAAGUCAGUAAUAAGCGCUGAUGUUGGCCGACCAUUAGCCAGGGCUUUGCCGCGCACCCUACAGGAAUACAAUGAGUUGGCAACUACCCCUCCAGCCCGACAGGGCAAGAUUGUUAAAGUCGCAGUUGUCGGUGAGCCAAACGUCGGCAAAAGUACUCUCAUAAACAGCCUAGUCGCUAGUGAUGUCUGUCCGGUGUCUAAAAAAGCACAUACUACCCGCAGGGCGAACCGCGCGUCAGUAACUAAAGGUCCAUUGCAGAUGCUUCUCAUAGAUACACCCGGCGCUGUGGGGAGUUUCCAUGCAAGUCGACAUCACCUGCCUAAUGCAAUGGUUGUUGCACCUUCAAAAGCGAUCGAAAGUCAAAUCGAUGUACUUGCUGUCGUGGUUGAUGCUUCCGAUCACUGGCGAAGGGAUUUCUUAUCAAUUGAAGUUGCACAAAUGCUACAGAAGCAUCGUAAUGAGGCUCCUCAUGCUUGCAGUGUCCUUAUCCUCAAUAAGGUGGACCGUUUAGAUUCGAAACGUAAGCUUCUGGCAUCCGUCGAGUCUCUGUGCGAAGGUGUUGUUGAUGGACGGCCUAUUAAAACGAAGAGAUCUAUUCCGAAACAAACGACGACAGCCUUAAAGACUCUCAUAUGGCAAAAAGAGAUGGACAGACAACAGGACUCAUCAGAACAGGCAAAUACCAUACCCUGUAAAAAACUAGAACCGCCUGAUCCUGGAACUUACAAACCGGAGUUUCCUCCGCGGUAUGCAUCAUGGCCUCAUUUUUCACGUGUCUUUAUGGUGUCGGCCACUCUAAAUGAUGGCGUUGAUGAAGUAAGAGACUUUCUGAAGGAACAGUCGCGGGACGGAAUAUGGGAGUGCCGGCCCGAAUUUAUUUACAAUCAAAAGCCCAAAGAGUUGGUAGAGGACAUUGCUCGUGAACGACUUCUUGACAACCUUCGAGAUGAGAUCCCUUAUGAGGUUAAACCACGAGUAGUUUACUGGAAUGUGGACGACUCCGGCUGUGCUCUUCAUAUCCAUGUAUCUAUCGAAUGCAUUAAUGAACGACAAACACGGGCUGUGCUCGGUUCCGGAGGGAAAACUGUCCGUCGAAUUACAGAACAACUACGUCAGCGUCUCUGUGAUGUGUUCCAUUGUGAGAUUGCCCUCAAAAUUGGUGUUGUAAACAAAAAGGCCAAGCCCCGGCCUAUCGCCGGACAAUCUAGAGUCGAAACGGUGUCCAGCUAAAUUCAAACAUCGUAGAAGAAUCCAGAAUAGUAUUAAGUAGAAUUAGUCACGGAGAGAGGUUUAUACAGCCAUGGAUUUAUCUACGACUUACAUAUGCAAAUAGAACAUAACUUGAAUGGACCUGCCAAUUGGAUAAAGUAAAAAUGUGUCUAUAAGUUACGCUGGAUUUAACAUAAAUACAGAUCGAUAUAUGUUUCAUAUUGAAAAUGCUUUUUAGGUAAAUCUACUAAAAAUCUUGAACAACAGAUAUAGUGAAUAAAAGAUCAUGCACAAAAUUUAAAAAAAUAUAAGUAUAGUACAUCUUACAAAGCAGAUUUGUAAACCACGAUGUGUUUAGGAUUUAAUUACUUUAGUCCUGUACUAAAAUUUAAAAGCGAAUCGCAGAAUACGGCUACUUCAUGAGCCAGAAAUAAAUAUUAAUAAUAUGUUACAUAAUAAAGCCUCCUAAAUUGA